AUGCUACAGGGGCCUUUUGGUCCUCGUGGGUCACCGGGAGAAAUGGGAAUGAAAGGUGAAAAAGGAAUACAUGGAGUAGGACAAAAGGGUCCCGUUGGUCCUAGUGGAUUAACUGGAGAAAGGGGAAUGAAAGGUGAAAAAGGAAUGCCUGGAGUAGGACAAAAAGGUAAUUCUGGUGUACGCGGCAAAGCAGGUCCGAAAGGAGAAAAGGGAGUGCAAGGAGAUCGCGGUCUGCAAGGAUUAACUGGACUGGUUCCUAUGAAAGACAUCGAAGAAUUAAAGCAACUCGUCGGCAACUUGAACGAGAGCGUGUUGUCGAUACAGCAACAGGUAAUUAGUCUCAACAACACAUUGGAGUCUGUAAAGUUGCAGGUUACAGUUGGCUGGAAAGUUGUUAACGACAGCAAGACGCUGCAGUUGCCUAGUGGCAAUCGAGUCGAGACGACGUUCAGUAUAUCAGACUACGGUUUCGAUCCAUCAAAAUAUGAAUUUGAUGAAGUGCAAGUGGAUGCCCAAACUGCUGGAGAUCUGAACAGCAGUUCUGAAACUUUAGUAACGUACUUCAAUUCAAAUCAGAUUGACCAACCACACAAUUACGUCUACUAUUCUCUUCGUCGAGUGCAUUCUUAUCCAAUUGAGAAGAAAGUGAGCGCUACUUCGUUUAAACUCGCUGCUUACACUACACCUUCGGUAGCCAGUGGGUAUAUCAAAUUUACAUUAGUGAGAUUUCGAGUGAUACUAAAAUAG